AUAAACGGGGCUUGAAGUUAGUCCACUGGCAGUCCGCAUUCCCAUCCAUUCACGAACGCCUUGAUCAUCGAAGACGCUUCCUCAGUCAAGGCUAUGCCUGGAGCUUGUUGGAGGAGUGAACUCUUCACUGUUGUGCCUCCAUCUGUGCCUCGUCCGAGGUCUUUGUUUCAUGCAACUGCCUCGCGCUCUCAAUUCUGGUGGGAGACAACCGGCGAGGUUCUGUAUAGAUUACUACAGGAAGGCUCUUACCCGGCGCAUCUCCGACAUUCGUAUGUCGCAUUCUACUGGCUCAUGGUCAUGCCGGAGUACGGGGUGGAUCCAUUCUCCGGCUCGAGGUCCUCCCUCUUUUCAAGCUCCCAGUACCUCUCGAACACUGCUCUGAAAGACAAUCGGCACGUUCGGAAGGCUGGGGGUAUCUGCUUUACUUCUACCCCCCUUAGCGAUACGGGCACGGCUGCAGAUCUUGCCGUCCUCAAUGCAAGCAGAGACUACAUUUCCUACAUCACCGACGACCACUCGCCUGUCGAAUUCUCCUGCAUGUUCGACGCUCGCGGGAAACCGGUGAUACGAUUUUCAAUCGAUCCCAUUGCACGGCAGCGGGACCGGUGCGAGCCUGCGAUCAAGUUGUUCGAAGACUACGGCGCAAGCCUCGAGCUGUCUGACGCAGAUCUUGCUUGGUGCAAGAUCUGUGCCAGCGAACUCACAAUGACCACCCGAGACGGCCAUCCUGGCACUGGAUCUACACGACCUCGAUAUUCCUCGCAAUACUUCGUAGCAUUUGAACUUUUAGGAAGUGUCCCUUCCAUGAAGGCAUACUUCUUGCCAGAGACUGUUGCAUCUGUGACUGGCAAGUCGAAGCUCGAGCUCAUUACGAAGACCGUCGAUCAACUCGCCCUUGACGCCCCCGGUUUGACGACCGCAUGGACCAAUACGUGUAGCUUCUUCAAGUCCCUUCCUCCCGACCUCACGCCAUCUCUCGAGAUUGCUGCAGUUGAUUGUGUCCCUUCGCACAAAAACAGGUUCAAAAUUUACGUACGCACUCCGAAGGUCACUCUCACGAAUAUCAAGCGUUUCAUGACGCUUGGGGGCAUACACCAGACGGCCACGGUCGGUCACGCCCUUGAACAGAUCACUAUGUUCUGGCGAAUACUGUUCGGCGACCUACCAGAGGACUCCGAGCCAAAUGUGAAUGAGGCACGCCUCCGUCAUCUGACCGGAGGCUUGCUCUUCUACUUUGAAUUGCGAGGAGACUAUCCAUACCCGCAUCCGAAGGUUUAUAUCCCUGUGCGACAUUUGUGCAGAGACGACGCACAAGUGAUAGAGGCGAUGGUGAGCCUGUAUCAAGCGAUUGGUAAUUCCGAAGCUGCAAGACAAUAUGGGCGUAUUGUACGCGAAAGCUUCACGCACCGUGCCCUCUCGUCUCGCACUGGAUUACACACCUACAUUACCAUCGCUUCGAAGGCUCGAGACGUAGAGAUUACCGCGUACUUCAAUCCAGAAUGCUUCCGCCGGGGUAGUACAGACAUCUGACUCGUGAUAUUACUUCUAGGCUAGGACCUCCAAUCGCCCAGACUCCUUAUGCUCUAGUAUAGUCGACAUACCAGUACUCGUGCAUGCAUAGCCAAGGCGAGAAGGGCGUUAAGAUCGUGUCUCAGCCGAUGCACUCGUUACUACAAGUUAUACUUAAG